AUGUCGGGAAAGAUGACGUUGUACAAGUUGGUGGUGUUGGGAGAUGGUGGUGUCGGCAAGACAGCGCUCACAAUUCAGUUGUGUUUGAAUCAUUUCGUCGAAACGUAUGAUCCGACGAUCGAAGACUCGUACCGAAAGCAGGUGGUGAUCGACCAGCAGUCGUGCAUGUUGGAAGUCCUGGAUACUGCGGGUCAGGAAGAAUAUACGGCCUUGAGAGACCAGUGGAUCCGUGACGGCGAGGGAUUCGUGCUUGUCUACAGCAUCACGUCGCGCGCCUCGUUCUCCCGGAUACAGAGGUUCUACAACCAGAUCAGGAUGGUCAAGGAAUCCGCCAACUCCGGAUCCCCCUCCGGCGCCAGUUAUCUAGGCUCCCCCGUCAACGCUUCGUCCGGCGCUUCGCUCCCCGUUCCCGUGAUGUUGGUUGGCAACAAGAGCGACAAGGCCGUCGAGCGAGCCGUGUCGGCCCAGGAAGGACAGGCAUUGGCCAAAGAGUUGGGUUGCGACUUUGUGGAAGCCUCCGCCAAGAAUUGCAUCAAUGUUGAAAAGGUGUUCUACGACGUCGUUCGAAUGCUUCGGCAGCAGCGUCAACAACAGGGCGGACGGUCUCAGGAUCGGCGACCGACCGGCUUGGGCAGCAUGCGCGACCGUGACGCCGGCCCGGAGUACCCCAAGUCUUUCCGACCAGACCGCUCACGGCGCAGCGGUAUGAAGUGUACCAUUCUGUGA